AUGAAGACUGAAGUCCAGCGACCACAUUUAUUACCUGAAUCCGACCCCGGGCAUGAGUUUGUUUGUUACAAAAGCAUUUCCCUGCCGGACGGUCAAAGCCUGCGAGCCCUGGAUUUCGUAGUUCUCAAGGACCAAUCAACAGUGGCCCAGGUUCAAUCUUUAUGGAUUCCCACAGGCAAGGCCCCUAUCAAGGCCGUUGUUAUCUUGAAACAAUGCAAUAGAGGACGCCUGGUUCCUUUCUAUGGCAUGCGAGAGGUGUUGGUGACUGAACAUCAAUACACACGGAGUGUCCGGGAUAUGUUUGCCAUACUCAACGUACAACACAAUUGUCGCAAAGGACUAUGCACGGUUACUAUGUCAAACACCAAAAAAUUCGAGCACAAAAUCUGUGACGUCUUGGUUUCCGGAAUCACUCAUGCAAAAACCAAUUCUGAUAUAAUCAAUUCAGCAGCUCAUUACUCAGGUGAACUCCAUAGGAAAAUCUCCAAACUCAAUCUGGCUCCAGUCACCCCACCUCAAUGGAACAAAACUAUAACCAAAGGACGGGGCGUAUGGAACGACGCCCCAAAGGGUAACAAGAAACAGAAAACCGACGACGGACCUCUUUCCACUGAAAGCAAUCUUGAAAUUUGA